UACAUGUUAGUUUUCCAACGUUAUGUUGUAAAUAAUUAUUAAGUACAUUCAAUAAUAAUGGAAAAGCUACACAGUCUUUAGAGAAAGGCCAACUUGGUGGAGAAAAGCAUAGACGUUUGUUUGAGUAAAAAUUGGUUAUUUGUAUUGCUAAAAUCCAGUCAAGUGUUAUAUUUAAAGAAAGCAUUUUUUAUACUUGGCAAAUAUUUUCAUCGUUUGUGCAAUUAUAUUUUACUUACAGUUAGGAAAUGCCAAUCAAGGUGGGCGAUAAAAUUCCGAGUGUCGAGCUGUAUGAAAAUUCACCCGGCAAUAAGGUGAAUAUAUUGGACAUAUGCAAAGAAAAAAAGGUCGUAUUAUUUGCCGUACCUGGGGCAUUUACACCAGGAUGUUCAAAAACUCACUUGCCUGGCUAUGUGAAAGAGGCUGAUAAUCUAAAAGAACAUGGAAUCGGAGAGAUUAUUUGCGUAGCUGUAAACGAUGCAUUUGUACUGAAUGCCUGGGGCAGAGAGCAAGGAACUGAAGGGAAGGUUAGGUUGCUAUCAGAUCCUCAAGCUACAUUUACUAAAGCUAUUGAAUUAAGCACAGAUAUCCCUCCAAUGGGUGGGACGCGAUCCAUGAGAUAUUCAAUGUUGUUAGACGAUGGAGUAAUUAAAGCAUUGAACGUUGAACCCGAUGGAACAGGACUUUCCUGUUCGUUAGCUAGUCACAUGAAAGUUCACUAAAUUUGUUUUCUUCUUGUUUAUUAGAAUUUAUUACGAACACCUUUUUAGCAUUACAAAUUUCAAUGUUACCUAGUUUCAAAAUAGGAUAUAAUUUUGCAGCGAGUUGGACACAAUUUUAAUUAAAAUUCUGUAUGCUAAGCUACUACUAGUAGGUGAUUUUUCAUGCUUCAUGUCACGAUUGUUUCUUUUUUUUUUCAAAUAUAAAACGUUCUACUUGCUGUAUUAUUUUUUUACUCGUAGAAGCUUAGUAUUUCAAUGAGGAUUGAUUGAGUUGGUUUUUUAUAAUGUAUCAGCACUCAGCAGGUAUUGGUUACACAAACCUAUGUGCAUAUUAUAAUGAUUAACAUAAAAUAGAGAUAUAGGUAAAUGGGGUCAUAUCAUAACUUGUAAGCUGUACAUCUCAAAUCACAAAUGCCUAGGUAUUAGUUUUAUUUGUUCAAGGGUGCGAUAUUUUUAUUCCACUGGAUGAAAUCGAAUCCUGUCAGAAAACUUUAGAGCAAUAUACAGAUUAGUUUCUGAAAUAAAAUUCCUUCGAUGAGAAUAGCUACCUCUUGUUUUUAUUUAAUUAAUACUUGAUAGAACCUUGUAAUCGCAUGUAACUAUUCCUCAAAUUUAACGUCAUGUCUGAAUCGCUACAUCAAUACCAAUAGCAAAUUACCUAGUGAACCUACCCGUUCGAUUUUAUUGAAAAGUAACACAGCUUUUUAAAAGAUUUCACGAUUCAUUAUAACAUUUAUGGUUCUGGAGCUUGAAAUGAAUCCAUUUGUUCGUACUCGUAUUUUGCUCGCAGUACAAUGCAACCUACAAUUACAAAGGUGAAACGAAUUCAGCAAUUUGAGUAGGUACUUAUUAGUUAUUAAAAAUAACAGAAUGUACAGUAGGUAUUGUAGCAAAUUAAAAGCACAGUAGUCAUUCAGUACCCGAAUACCUAGGCCAGUAUUUUGUAAUCAAUGAGCUUUUUAAAGGUGUAAAAAAGCAAUAAAAGCUCUGUUCUAUUCGCUGCUCAGACCAACUCCGAGCAGAAAUUUGACUUUAUAUAUCUCGUUUUUUUCAGCUCUCACUUCGAAUAAAGUAGAAAAAUUGCGGUUUUUGUUAUCAGGGAACGACAAAGUUACUCCUUUACCUACACUUCCUUUUCAGGUAGCGUAAAAAGAGCAGAAAAAAGGAGUGAACAAUUUCUGCUCGGAGCUGCUCUGAGCAGCGAAUAGAACAGAGCUAAAGUAUCUGUAUUCUAUUCUUCAUCUUCAGAAGUUCAGACUGCCGAAGUGUUCAGUAUAUAGUUGGAUAUUUAAUUUACCUAGGUAGUUAUCUCCAAAAUAAAAUUGUAAAAAUGCUAGCACUUUUUGUCUUUUUUUUCUUUUUAAUAAAAAAAUUCCGUAAGGUUACUUUGAUAUCUAAUCAGUUAGGCUACCAAUUAUCAUUUCAAAAUCCACCAUUUUCGGUACUUUACUUUGCUAAUAAUUGCUUUUGCUAGUGAAGGGAAUUUCUGUUGAAAAAUCUCCGAUUUAUUUAUUCGUUUCAGAAAAUAAUAUAAUAAUAAAUUCAGUUCGAUUGAGCUGAACUGAAAUAAAUUUUAAUUUUUCAGUUCUUUCUAGCGUCAUAGCGUGCUUCCACUUUCGCAGUUUCUUUCGUCUCUCAAGUAUCAAAUCUCAACUACGUCACCCACGACCACGUCUACACUUUUUUCACAAAAAUUUAAAAAAUUAAUGAAUAAUAAUAAUUAUUAAUUAAUUAUAAAAUUAAAAUUUUUAUUAAAAAUUAAAAAAAAAUUUUGGGCAAUCAGCGCCAUCUACAGAAACUUGAAACAACAUGCCAAUGAAGGACAUAUUUUACAGCGUUGAUCGUGAAACUCGAUACGAAAUUCUUUUUCAAACUCAAAAUUGAUUUUCGAACGAUCCCAAAAAAUGGUUUAUCGAUCAAUAAAACCUCGAUUAAUUCGUAGAAUUACAUAAAUUACACUCGCAGUAAUAAUUUUUCAUUGAUGAAAAAUCUAAUUUGUUUAAAAAAAGUUAAAUUUGAAACCAAAGUUUCUCAGCCAAAAAGUAUUUUACGUUCGUGCCGGGACAUCACUGCCGAACGCGUUUCGCUGUACUCCAUUCAUUUGAUUAAAUAAUGAUGGUCGAAGUUGUUUAGAAUACGGUUAAGUGUUUCUAUCUUUCUUUUUGCCGCUUAUUUGUUUUAUAAUUUUCUCGGUAAUUAUAUAAAUAUUAAACAAAUUUAUUGUUUAAAAGUGUUAAUUGAGUUAAGCCGAGUAUAAUCGUGCUCUUUUUACCUUUAACUUCGGUUUAUUUCGUGAGGUCAAUUUUUAGUUCUAUAACAGUUCCUAUUGGGAGCACCAUAUUGGCGUCAUCUUGUAAAGAAACAAAGCAGAGUGUGGUCGUUUAGUUCGUGUUUUGUAAAUAUAUUUAGUAUUUAGUUAUAAAUAUAAAAAAUUUUUAAAUAUGAGUGCUAAAGAAAAUAAUUCUGAAGUCGCUUUAGACAAAGUCGACGCCAACGAAAAAAGCAAUUCAGAUGCUAAAUCAGACGUUAAAGGAUCAAAAAGGCCGGCUGAAG